GCUACAAGCAAGAGUUUGUAGUGUUGAUUAUAAAGAGAUUUUUGCUCCUGUUGCAAGGAUGGACACAAUCAGGUUGGUUAUUGCUUUGGCUGCACAACACUAGUGGCCCAUCUUCCAAUUGGAUGUCAAAUCAGCAUUCUUACAUGGAGACUUGAAAGAAUAGGUAUUUAUCGAUCAACCUCCUGGUUAUGUGAAGAAAGAAAAUGAGCAUAAAGUGUAUAAGCUGAAUAAGGCUUUAUAUGGACUAAAACAAGCCCCUAGGGCUUGGUAUGGUCGUAUAGAAGCUUAUUUUUUGCGGGAGGGCUUUAAAAAGUGUCCAUAUGAACACACUCUUUUCGUCAAGACGGGAGAAGGAGGAAAAUUGCUUAUUGUGUGCCUUUAUGUGGAUGAUCUCAUUUUCACCGGAAAUGAUAGCUGUGUUUGAAAAGUUUAAGAGGUCUAUGAUGCAAGAAUUUGAUGUCGGAUUUGGGAAAGAUGCAUUAUUUUCUUGGACUUGAAGUCACUCAAUCUGCUGUUGGAAUAUUCAUUUGUCAAAAGAAAUACGUUGGAGAAAAUUUAGAGAGGUUUCAAAUGGAAAAUUGCAAUUUUGUGUCUACACCAGUAGAGUAUGGUCUGAAGUUGACAAAUGAUCCUCAAGGAAGAAGAGUGGACAGCAGGUACAUUAAACAAAUUGUGGGGAGUUUAAUGUAUUUGUCUGCUACAAGACCGGACAUCAUGUAUGCUGUAAACUUGAUUAGCAGGUACAUGGAAGACCCAAAGGAGAUACAUCUUCUUGUUGCUAAGAGGAUUUUGAGGUACUUAAAAGGUACCAUGGAAUUUGGGUUGUUCUACAAGAUGGGAGAUAAGUCAUCUUUAAUUGGUUUUACUGAUAGUGAUUUCGCAGGAGAUCCUGAUGAUAGAAAGAGUACUUCUGGUUUUGUUUUUAUGGUCGGUUCAGCAGCUAUUUUGUGGUCAUCUAAAAAGCAACCAAUAGUCACAUUGUCUACCACGGAGGCUGAAUAUGUUGCUGCAAAUUCAUGUGCUUGUCAAGCAAUAUGGUUAAGAAGAAUUCUUGAGAAGCAAUAUAGUUAUGUUUCCAGUUUCCUAGUUAAUCACUUAUUUCCUUGUUAUUUGAAUUUCCUAGUCAGGUUCCCAUUAAAUAGGAACAAGAAUGUAGUGCCUUAGUGGGUUAGUAGGUUAUUUCUCUAAAGAUAGGUUGUAACUGUGAUGUUAGUGGGGUUAUCGA